AUGGCCUCGGCACGCAGCCCCGCCCUGUUCCUCAGCGGGGAGGCAGCCGCUGUUAUUGCAGCGCUGCGCAGCAACACCAAGUUUAACAGAUAUGCGGAUGAUGAGGUGGAGGACCCGCUGCUGGAGGAGUUCAAGGCGCUGCGGCGCAAGCUCUUCUCCUGGCGCAACUGGGAGGAGGUGGACCCUCUGGAGUACCUGACCCCUUUCCUGGAGACCAUAAAGAGCCCCGAGACGAGCGGGCCCAUCACCCUGGUUGCCCUCGCCUCCCUGGACCGCAUCAUCCGCCGCGGCAUCCUCAGCGCCUCUGGCGGCGGCUCUGCCGCGGAGGCCAUCCAGGCGGUGGCGGACGGGGUCACGCAGUGCAAGUUUGAGGCUACCUACCCGGCCUCCGACGAGUGCGUGCUGCACAAGAUCCUGGAUGUGCUGGUGGGCUGCGUGGGCUGCCCCGCGGGCGCCCUGCUCACCAACGACAACCUGAUCAACAUCUUCCAGGCCUGCUACCGCAUAGGGCACUUCCAGACGGAGAAGGGGCGGGACACAUCGGAGCUGCUGACGCAGGCCUCCCGCCAGGCUAUGGCGGAGCUGGUGUUCCAGAUCUUCUCCCGCCUCGACACCAUCCCAGAGCCCCUGGACAGCCCCUUUGCCACCGCCGCCUCUGUCACGGCACACACCGCCCCACGCCUGCACGUCUCGCCGGUGCCCUCCACCGCAAUGAACGCCAUGGCGGGCGGGGAGGAGGGCAGCGAGGAGGCCGGCGGCGAGGCCGGAGCUGCGCAGGAGGCUGCAGAUGCCGCCGCAACCGCAGCCCCAGCAGCCGACGGCAGCGCUGGCGCGGAGGCGGCGACCGCGUCUGAGGGCUUUGGGGGUGCAGCAGCCGCGGCCGGGGCCGCGGAUGGCGGCGCCGACGACAAUGCGGCGGCGGCGGCGGCGGCGGCAGAUGCGUUGGGGCAGCAGACUCCGGCGGCGGCGCCGCCCUCUCCUCGGUCGCCGCUGACCGGCGGCGAGAUUGUGUCGCUGCUGCCCGCGCUGCAGGGCAGCCCCACCGAGGUGGAGGGGUAUGGCGUGGAGGCGGUACGGGAGGUGCUCAUCUUCAUCAUCUCCCUCAUCGGCGCAGCGCCCGUGGGCGCCCACCAGGACCUCCCCGCCCACGGCCUGGACCUGAUGAGCACCGCGCUGCAGGCGGCGGGGCCCGCGCUGGAGGCGCACGAGAGCCUGAUGGUGCUGCUGCAGCAGGACCUCGUGCGUGCUAUGUUUGCCGCCGCCAAGCAGCCCAGCCUGGCCUGCCUGGCGGGCAUCUGCCAGCUCCUUCCGCUGCCCCUCAACCCUGCAGAUUCCGGCGGUACCGCGCCGCUCUCCGACCCUCCCGCCUUCCUGGACAUCUGGAGCCCGCUGGCCUGCGGCGCCUACCCGCCCCUGGAUGCCAUGCUCGGCGGCGGCGGCGGCGGCGGCCCCGCUGAGGCCGCCCGCGUGGAGAAGUACCUCAAGGGGCGCCUUGCGGCGGCCGCCGAGCACUUCAACCGCGACCAGAAGAAGGGCUUCCAGUACCUGCAGUCGCUGCGGCUGCUGCCCCCGCAGCUGGACCCGCCCACCGUGGCCCGCUUCCUGCGCUGCUGCCCGGGCCUGGGCAAGGCGAGCAUCGGGGAGAUACUGGGGGAGCGGGAUGCUUUCUACGAGGAAGUGCGGCAGGCGUUCAUGGAGACGUUUGACUUUGUGGGCAUGGACUUUGACCUGGCCCUGCGCAUGUUCAUGGACAGCUUCCGGCCGCCGGGGGAGGGCCAGAAGAUCGACCGCAUCAUGCAGGUGGACGAGCAGCUGGUGGACCUGUGGCUGACUAGCGUGGGGGUGCUGGCCAAGAGCCUGUGCAAGGACGAGUGCCAGCCGCUGCGGGACAAUGCCCUCAUGGUGCUCAGCCGCGCCCUGGUGUCUAGCGAGCGCCUCAACCUGCCACCGGAGCUGUGGGUACAGACGCUGCGGGAGCUGCUGGUGCCAGUGGCCUCAGACCUGGCGCGCCUGGCGGUCAAGAAGUCGCGCAGCCACCCCGGCGCCGAGAAGAGCGUGCGCCUGGCUGUGAGCAUGCUGGUGAAGACCGUGCUGCAGUACAUCGAGGUGGUGCAGGGCGACAAGGACUUCUACGGCCUGUGGCAGGCGGUGCUGCAGGCGCUGCAGGACUGCAUGGCCGUGCGGCACGAGGCGGUGCAGGAGUCGGUACCGGAGAAUGCCAAGAACAUGCUGCUGGUGCUGGCCUCCUCGGGCAUACUCACACCCGACUGGCACGAUGCAGGGGGGCGCUCCCUGUGGGACCUCACCUUCUCCCGGGUCCACACCAUCUCCUCAGGCCUCAACCCAUCCCUGCUGGAGGCCACGCUGACCAAGUGGAGGAUACGCCCCAGCAGCAGGAGGCGGCCGCAGCAGGCGCGGCUGGCGAGGACGCGGCGCCGGCAGGCGGCAGCCAGGCGGCAGGCAAGGACCCGGCGGCGGCCCGCGAGUGGGCAGGCGUCGGCGGCGGCAGCGGGCGCGCUCGUGGCAGAGGCGGCGCCUGCGCAGGCGGCAGAGGGGGAGGAGGGGGAGCAUAGCGACGAGGCGCAGGCGGAGCACUCAUCCUCCACCUGCAAGCAGAGCUGA